CCGGAGAGGGGCUGGGGCGGCGGGCGCGGGAGGGAGGCCGCGAGCCUCGGCGCGCCCUGCAGCCUCUCCCGCGGCGCCUCUGACCUUUCACCUCCAGGAAAAGCUUCCGUCUCGGCGCCGCCGCCGCUUCCCCCGCCCCGUGGGCGCCCCGAGGCUCGGCGCUGGCGGACGCGGGAGAGGCCGGCCCCCGCCUCCAGGAGCGGCGAGCCGAGGCCCCCUCCCCGAGGGCCUCCUGCUAACUCAUGCUGACACAGGAGGGACGGAGCACCCCGCAACCUUCGCGGCAGAUGGGGCGAGGCCGGCCGCCGCCUGGGGACCUGUAUCUUUUGAGGAAAAAAGUGGCCCGGGCCGGGGUCCUGCCUGCGCGGGGCACGUCCCGGCUUCCAGGAGCUCUUUUGUUCGGAAACCCUGCCCCCAGCCCCUGCGGAGAGCGUCCUGUGCGGUACACACGUUGCCAGGUUGUCUCAUAACCUUCACGAAGUAGGACAUCUUGACAAUUAGAUCAUGGCAACCAUAGAAGAAAUUGCACAUCAAAUUAUUGAACAACAGAUGGGAGAGAUUGUUACAGAGCAGCAAACAGGCCAGAAAAUCCAGAUCGUGACAGCACUUGAUCAUAAUACACAAGGCAAGCAGUUCAUCCUGACAAAUCACGAUGGCUCUACUCCAAGCAAAGUCAUUCUGGCCAGGCAAGAUUCUACUCCAGGGAAAGUUUUCCUCACAACUCCAGAUGCAGCAGGUGUCAACCAGUUAUUUUUUACAGCUCCUGAUCUAUCUGGGCAGCACCUCCAGCUCUUAACAGAUAAUUCUUCCCCAGACCAAGGACCGAAUAAAGUUUUUGAUCUUUGCGUAGUAUGUGGAGACAAAGCAUCAGGGCGUCAUUAUGGAGCAGUAACUUGUGAAGGCUGCAAAGGAUUUUUUAAAAGAAGCAUCCGAAAAAAUUUAGUUUAUUCAUGUCGAGGAUCAAAGGACUGUAUUAUCAAUAAACACCAUCGAAACCGCUGUCAAUACUGCAGGUUACAGAGAUGUAUUGCAUUUGGAAUGAAACAAGAUUCUGUUCAAUGUGAAAGAAAACCUAUUGAAGUAUCACGAGAAAAAUCUUCCAACUGUGCCGCUUCAACAGAAAAAAUCUACAUCCGAAAAGACCUUCGAAGCCCAUUAGCUGCAACUCCAACUUUUGUAACAGAUAGUGAAACUGCAAGGUCAGCAGGACUAUUAGAUUCAGGAAUGUUUGUGAAUAUUCAUCAGUCUGGAAUAAAAACUGAGUCAACUGUGCUGAUGACACCAGAUAAGGCUGAAUCAUGUCAGGGAGAUUUAAGUACCUUGGCCAGUGUGGUUACAUCAUUAGCAAAUCUUGGAAAAACUAAAGAUCUUUCUCAAAAUAAUAAUGAAAUGUCUAUGAUUGAAAGCCUAAACAAUGGUGAUACCUCUGUGUGUGAAUUUCGUCAAGAAACGCAGACCAAUGGUGAUGUUUCAAGGGCUUUUGACACUCUUGCAAAAGCAUUGAAUCCUGGAGAGAGCACAACCUGUCAGAGCUCAGUAGAGGGCAUGGAAGGAAGCGUACAUCUUAUUGCUGGAGACUCGAGCAUAAAUUACAUCGAAAAAGAGGGGCCACUUCUCAGCGAUUCACAUGUAGCUUUCAGGCUCACCAUGCCCUCUCCUAUGCCCGAGUACCUGAACGUGCACUACAUUGGAGAGUCUGCCUCCAGACUGCUGUUCUUAUCCAUGCACUGGGCACUUUCGAUUCCUUCCUUCCAGGCUCUAGGGCAAGAAAACAGCAUAUCAUUGGUAAAAGCUUAUUGGAAUGAACUUUUUACACUUGGUCUUGCCCAAUGCUGGCAAGUGAUGAAUGUGGCAACUAUAUUAGCAACAUUUGUCAAUUGUCUUCACAGUAGCCUUCAACAAGAUAAAAUGUCCACAGAAAGAAGAAAAUUAUUGAUGGAGCACAUCUUCAAACUACAGGAGUUUUGUAAUAGCAUGGUUAAACUCUGCAUCGAUGGAUAUGAAUAUGCCUACCUGAAGGCAAUAGUACUGUUCAGUCCAGAUCAUCCAGGCCUAGAAAACAUGGAACAGAUUGAGAAAUUUCAGGAGAAGGCAUACGUGGAAUUCCAAGAUUAUAUAACCAAAACAUACCCAGAUGACACCUACAGGUUGUCCAGACUACUACUCAGAUUGCCAGCUUUGAGAUUGAUGAAUGCUACCAUCACUGAAGAAUUGUUUUUCAAAGGUCUCAUUGGCAAUAACACAGAAGACACCAAAUUGAACUCUUUGUUUCCAGGGCACCUGGAAAUUUUGACUUUAAAGAGUAACCAAAAAACAAAGAAAGCAUCUGACCUCUCUCCCUCUCUUCUGACCUGCAUUAUAACUUCCUCAACCUUCCAUGGGUUUUAGCUAGGUUUUAGGUCAUUACAAAUACCCAAUUUGUUAAAUAAUGGAUUUAUCAUAUUCAAUCUGUGUUUUCAAGGUGAGUUAAAUAAUUAUUUUAAAGCAAAUUUAUAGUUUGUAAAAAUUUGUUUUUUCACGUGUAAACGAAUAUGCACUGAUUUUUCACUGUAAAUUGGGGAGAGCUCUUUUAACAAGAGUAGGAGCAUCAGCCUGAAGCCUUGUUAUUGCCACAGCAAAAGCAUUUUAGACUCCUUGGAUGUCUUCCACAGUAAUGUUUUCCUUAUCAAACCUGAUACUGUUAAAUAUUUCUUUGCUCUGAUUUCUGAUGAAUUAUUUUGGUAUGUCUAUUUGUUGAUUUUUUUUUUUUAAAGAAAACAAAUAUGGAGAUUUUAUUGCACUCAGAGUACAUUUUUUAUGAAGAUUUUUGCAAUAGAAGCUGAAUUUUUUGGGGAGGGGUAUGGAUUUUACUAAUUGCUACUUUAUAGUAAAUCAAAAGUUUAAAAGUAUCACUUACAGUCUUUACCAACUUAUUAAGGGAAACUUUUCUCCCUAUUUAAAACAUGAUUUUUGUUCAGCAGGUUUAUAUAUAAUUAUCACCUGGGAAAAACUACAUUUAGUACAAAAUACUCAAAUGGAAAAAUCAGUAGGUUUAUACCUUUAUAAACCCAAUGAAGUAAGCCAAGGAUUCAGGAAAAUAAUUCUUUAAAAUAAUGUACUGAUGGUUAAUUAAGAUACAUGUUUCUUUCAGGUAUUUUUCCUAAUUAAAUUUGUAGUUAUAUUUGGAAGUGUUUUUAAAACUAUAUUAAAAUGUGACCUGCAUUACAAA